UCUGAGUGGGAAUGUUGGUCGGUGGGAAGAGCCGGAGCCGCUCCCACUCACUCCGUGACUGACAGCCGCAUCACAGAGCCGUCAAAUCCGCCAGAGUGCAGCCUGACAAACACACAUCCACGGACAGUCCCGCAGACACAGGGUCAACACAGCUGGGAACCAUGUCAAAAGCACCAGCAGUUGGCAUUGACCUGGGCACUACUUACUCCUGCGUCGGAGUGUUUCAACAUGGCAAAGUUGAGAUCAUUGCCAACGAUCAGGGAAACAGGACCACACCCAGUUAUGUUGCCUUCACUGACACUGAGAGACUGAUUGGGGAUGCAGCCAAGAAUCAGGUGGCCCUAAACCCAAACAACACCGUAUUUGGUAUGAAACCUUCACCUGGACAAAGUACAAUCACAUCUGAACUGUCAUGUUUUCGCUUACUUUUAAUCUUUCGUUCCUUUUCAGAUGCAAAGCGCCUUAUUGGGCGGCGGUUCGAUGACAGUGUUGUGCAGUCAGAUAUGAAACACUGGCCGUUUACAGUCAUUAAUGAUGCCUCACGUCCCAAAGUGAAAGUGGAGUACAAGGGAGAGACCAAAACCUUCUACCCAGAAGAGAUCUCCUCUAUGGUGCUGCUUAAAAUGAAGGAGGUCGCAGAGGCAUACCUCGGCAAGACUGUGACAAACGCUGUUGUGACCGUGCCUGCCUACUUUAAUGACUCCCAGCGCCAGGCCACUAAAGAUGCAGGGACCAUUUCUGGCCUUAAUGUUCUUCGUAUCAUCAAUGAACCAACUGCUGCUGCUAUAGCUUAUGGUCUGGACAAAAAGGUUGGCUCUGAAAGAAACGUCCUCAUCUUUGAUCUGGGCGGUGGCACAUUUGAUGUCUCCAUCUUGACUAUUGAAGAUGGCAUCUUUGAGGUGAAGUCCACAGCAGGAGAUACACACUUGGGUGGUGAGGACUUCGACAACCGCAUGGUCAACCAUUUUAUCGCAGAGUUCAAGCGCAAGUACAAGAAAGACAUCAGUGACAACAAGAGGGCAGUGCGUCGUCUGCGUACAGCUUGUGAACGGGCCAAGCGCACCUUGUCUUCCAGCACUCAGGCAAGUAUCGAAAUCGAUUCUUUGUAUGAGGGCGUGGAUUUCUACACCUCAAUCACAAGGGCCCGGUUUGAAGAGCUGAACGCAGACCUGUUCCGUGGAACCCUGGAGCCUGUGGAAAAGUCUCUUCGUGAUGCCAAGAUGGACAAGGGACAGAUCCAUGAUAUCGUCUUGGUGGGAGGGUCCACUCGCAUUCCGAAGAUACAGAAGCUGCUGCAGGACUUCUUCAAUGGAAAAGACCUCAAUAAGAGUAUUAACCCUGAUGAAGCAGUGGCCUAUGGUGCAGCUGUGCAGGCAGCCAUUCUCUCAGGUGACAAAUCUGAGAAUGUGCAGGACCUGCUGCUGCUCGACGUGACCCCCUUGUCUUUGGGCAUCGAAACCGCUGGAGGAGUCAUGACUGUUCUCAUUAAAAGAAAUACAACCAUCCCCACUAAGCAGACCCAGACCUUCACCACCUACUCUGAUAACCAGCCUGGCGUGCUCAUUCAGGUGUAUGAGGGAGAAAGGGCCAUGACCAAAGACAAUAACCUUUUGGGGAAAUUCGAGCUUGUUGGAAUUCCCCCUGCCCCCAGAGGUGUUCCUCAAAUCGAGGUGACCUUUGAUAUUGAUGCCAAUGGCAUCAUGAAUGUGUCAGCUGUUGACAAGAGCACCGGGAAGGAGAACAAGAUUACAAUCACAAAUGACAAAGGGCGCUUGAGCAAGGAGGACAUUGAGCGCAUGGUCCAGGAAGCAGAGAAGUACAAGGCUGAGGAUGACGUACAGAGAGAAAAGGUGGCUACCAAGAACAGCCUGGAGUCUUAUGCCUUCAAUAUUAAGGCCACUGUGGAGGACGAGAAGCUGAAAGACAAGAUCAGCGAUGAGGACAAACAGAAGAUCCUCGACAAGUGUAAUGAAGUCAUCAGCUGGCUGGACAGAAACCAGUCUGCAGAUAAGGAUGAGUUUGAGCAUCAGCAGAAGGAGCUGGAGAAGGUGUGUAACCCCAUCAUUUCCAAACUGUACCAGAGUGCAGGGGGGGUGCCUGGGGGGAUGCCAGGCGGCUUCCCAGGAGCUGGUGCUGCCCCAGGAGGAGGAGGCUCCUCUGGACCCACAAUCGAGGAGGUUGACUAAAUUUGACGUCAGCAGCGCUUGCAUUUAUAUCUACUUGUUUUUGUUUCUACUUCUGAGGUUGAUGUGAGGGGUGAUCGAAAUCAUAAUAUAUUCAUUGUUUGCAGACUUUAUCACACACAUCACUUUUGGGUUGUAUGCAUAAUUUUUAUAUACCAGGCUUAAGGCAGUGCUUGCACUAUGGCUUUUUUUGUUGUUGGUGGUGGUGGUUUUUCCAGGUAUCUACAUUGACUUAAACAACUAAAUGUUUACUCUACCACAAUGUAAUUUUCAAGAUAGCCUGAGUAUGGAAUGGUUGCUAUUCAGUUCUUUGCAAAAUGUGCCAAAAUAAAAAGUUUGAGAUUUUGGAGCAG